AUGUGCGUCAUUCUGGCUCACUCACAUCGAAGCCCAGACAUUUCACCUAUGAAUGUUCUUUCAGAGAUGGAGGAUGAAGAUUGCCUCAAAGACGUUGAGAUCAAUGGACAUGAUAUUCCCAGUCUUCCCAUCAUGGAUGCCAAUGGCCACCCCGUAUACUGCUCUACUGAGCUCCCACUAGAGCUUUCCGGGGUUCCUAUCCUUGCUGACUUUGGCCAAAUGCUCCCUGCUGAAAGGUGCACAAGUGAUACACUUGAGUUGAUCGAAGGCAGAAACCUCUUUGACCCAAUAGACCACAUCAACAAUCAAUAUGUCCUUCCACUGGCAUUGGCACAAUAUAUCGGAUAUCUCGGUCCCCCACCUCUAGAAAUGAUCCAGAAGAGUCCGCUUUUCUCAACAUAUUUCGACAAGCAAGGAAACUGGGCUUCGGAGCCCCCAAUUCCGCAAACCUCACUGGAGGAGUUUGUCACUACCAUAUCCCCAGGAGAAGAAAAAGACCAGUUUCUUCGAUUUAUACGAAAACUCUUGACUUGGGAUCCUGAAGUCCGGGCAACAACAAAUGAAAUCUAUCCGGAUGAAUGGCUCAUGAGGAGUCAUGAGGAUAUGUGGUAG